UGACCAACAGUUGCGUCAGUCCGGUAGAGACAAUGGGUAUCUUUCAAAUAGUGGUUAUUCUAUUACUGAGCCAACUCCCUUCAUUGAGAGGAAGAAUCCCCCUGUUUUUUCCAUGUGACAACAAUGAAAACGAUACUGAGAUAUACUGCACCGACAGGCCACUCGAUGACAUCCCUGUUUUCACUUCAAUGAAUGUAACGUUUGUUGACCUAAGUCACACCAAGAUACGGGAAGUAGGACAGCAUAAAUUCUCUGGCAUUCCAAAUCUAAUCACUCUGAAAAUGACGUGGAAUUGUGAUCCCAAUAGCAUUCGAAACAUAAACAGCCCCUCCUGUGGAGUCAGAAUACACAAGGAUGCCUUCAGGAGUCUGAACAACCUCACUAAUUUACAUCUGUCAGGAAACAGCCUUACCACGUUACCCUGGUUACCGGAAAGCAUUAAGGUCCUGGAUCUCGACAGUAACUGCAUUUUCAAAAUCAUCAUCCCUUUUGGAACCCCACAUCUAGAGCAGCUCUUACUCUCAAUGAACUGUUAUUAUGAAAACCCUUGCCACCAGUCAUUUUACAUCCAUGAGGACGUUUACAAGGAGCUAUCACAUCUAAAAGUUCUAUACCUUGGAUACAACAAUUUGACAUCAAUACCACUAGGUUUGCCAGCUUCCCUUAUGAAAUUGGACUUGCAAGAAAAUACAAUAAGUGAGGUUCCAAAAGGGGCAUUUGCUAAUUUUCCUAUCCUGGAAGAACUAAAUCUGGCAUGGAAUUGUCAGCGUUGUGACCAUGCAGCCCGCCCUUGUUUUCCCUGCCCUAACAAUGCCUCCCUAAAGCUUCACCCUAAUUCAUUCAAUAUGAAAAACAGCUCCAUUAAUUUUCUGAGCUUGAGGGGAAACUCUUUGAACAAUAUACCAGAGGGUAUUUUUCUCCCUUUGACACAUCUGAAGACGUUGGAUCUCUCCAGCAACUACCUGGCCUACACCAUCCGUAAUGGUACCUUCUUUACAGAGCUAAUGCAGUUGACAUGGAUCAGCCUCAACUAUAACUCUUAUCCAUCCAAGACAUUUCCUGAACUGAUCCUUUCAGAACAUCUGGGAAAUGUCUCAAAUCUCAAAACCCUUCUGUUAAGCGGGAACUUUUUCAACACUGUUUCAGAACAAAGCCUUGUGGUUCUGUCCAGACUCAAACAACUUAAGAUGCUGGUGAUGCGCAUGAAUUUCAUCAAAUGUUUCAACAUGAGCACUGUGGGUAUGUUAACUUCCCUCAAAAAAAUGGAUGUCUCCCAGAACAAACUGAGUUAUCACCCCUAUAAUGUGUCAUUUGGGUCCUGUUUAGAACAAGGCUCACAGGGUCAAAAUGUUUUCAAAGACUUUUCAGAAUUACCAAUGCCACCAAUAUCAGUACAAAUGAAUCAAACUAUGAUUGAAAGCAACACCUGUAGAACUAACAAUACAAUAUUGGAAAUGUGGUAUUUCAAAAAGAAAUUCUGCCAAAAAAAGUUGACAGUUGAUCUUUCACAAAAUAAUCUUAUUUUCCUUCAUAAAGAAUUUUUCUAUGGUAUGGAAAAUGUUGUGUGCUUGAACCUGACUUACAAUUAUGCAAACCGGGUGUUAAGAGGUAGACUUUUCGAUCAAUUGAAAAGCUUAGCUUACUUAGAUAUGUCAUACAAUAGAAUUGACCUAUAUUAUAGGGAUGUAUUCAGUGAGUUGAACAGGACUUUGAAGGUACUGGACCUCAGUCAAAAUGAGUAUAUAUUUCGUAUGAAGGGAAUAGCUCAUAAUCUUGAGUUUAUUGACAGGCUCACUAAUUUGGAGGUUUUAAAUCUUGCAAAUAAUGGCAUGGGUCAGCAAAUUACUCCGCACCUGAGGAGCAACUCCGUGAAGUAUUUGUACUUUUCUGGGAAUCGCCUAGAUAUAAUGUGGAAUACAGAGGGCCAGACCUACAUUCAUUUCUUCCAGAACCUGAAGAAUUUAAUCUACUUGGACAUCUCUCAGAACCGCCUGCGUUCAAUCGAAAACCGGAUCCUCUGUAAUCUACCAAAGAGCAUUCAGGCUAUCAGCAUUAGCAAUAAUUACCUUUCUUAUUUUACAUGGCCGAACCUCCAAUGUCUCGGAAAUCUAACGCAUCUAAAUCUCAGUGGAAAUCACCUAUCAAGUCUGCAUCCAAGUAUUACAGAGUUUCCACCACAUCUUUCCUUGUUGGACCUCAGUGGCAACCAGAUUACUGAUCUUCCUGAUAAAUUCUUCUGUAAAGCCAAAGCUUUGCAUUGUCUCUAUCUCAAUGACAACUUUCUCAAAGUGUUGAACCGUCAGUCACUCCCACCUCUGCUGACAAAUGGCACUUCUUUUCAAUUGCUUACCCUGCAUGACAACCCUUUCAUCUGUGACUGUAACAACUCUGGAUUGGAUGAAUUCCUGCGGACCAGCAACACACGUAUUCCUUACCUGACCACUGCUGUUCAAUGUGGAUUCCCAGAGCCCCUGCAGGGUCAACAUGUGCUGACCGUUGACCAGCGUUCCUGUCAGGAGAUCUAUGGUGGCUUGGCCUUCCUCUUAAGUACACUCUUCACAUGUGCAUUUAUUGCUCUGCCACUGUUAAGACAUCUGUAUGGCUGGGAUGUGUGGUACUGCCUGCAGAUCCUAUGGGCAGGAUGUAAGGGCUACCUGCAUUCGUCUGCCAGUUGCUCGCCAAAACACUAUGAUGCUUUUGUGGUGUUUGACACAAACAACCAGGACGUGAGAGACUGGGUUUACAAUGAGUUGGUUAUCCGUUUGGAGAGCUCAGGCCACAGAAGAUUCUCUCUCUGUUUAGAGGAGAGGGACUGGGUUCCUGGGCUUUCCUGCAUUGAAAACCUCCACCAUGCUGUCCAUAGCAGCGAGAAGACAGUGUUUGUGCUGUCCAACGGCAGAAGAAAUGGCGUUGGUGAAGCAACGGUCAACGGUCUGAUACAGCAGACUUUUUUCAUGGUCCAGCAGAGACUUCUUGAUGAGAAGGUGGACGUAGCCGUUCUCAUACUGCUGGACAAGAUGUUUCCCAAGCUGAAGUACCUCCAACUAAGGACGAGGUUGUGCAAGAAGUCAGUGAUGUCCUGGCCUAGAAACCCAAAGGCCCAACCCCUAUUCUGGAACCAAAUGAGGAUAGCACUGUCAUCAGACAAUCUUAAAUUAUAUGACAAAAACAUCAGUGAAAGUUUCAUAUAAAUUCCACUCGUUAUACAAAGUAACAAAGUUACAUCUAUCGUCUCUCUGAAAAUGUAUGUAGAUAGGCCUAAUUACUUUUCAAUGAAGACCACCGCUGUUCAACAAUUGAUGUGGACCUUGUGUGAUGUUAAAUAUAGCCUAACCCUAACCCUACAUUUUAUAUAGUUUACAUAUCAUAGAAUCCUUUAUUUUUAGCUUUCACUUGUCUCUAGUUUAACAAACCAAAAUCUACAGUUUCUGAAAAAUGUGAAGAAAUGUGCGUGUGUACAUAUAGGCUGAAUAACUUUCAGCCUAUAUAUAUAUAUAUAUACAUCCUUUUAAUAAUUUGUGUUCAAUUUGAGAUUAGGGUUCCUGUUCCUGCUAAUUUGCAUCCCUGAUUAUGUAGCGUUUUAAUGUAAAAACACAUAACUAAUUUUGGACAAUGUACUGGCUACUCUGCCACUUAGAUUAAUCAAACCAUCAUGAAACUCAUGUUGUCAGUGUCAGUACAGUAUAUACCUCAGUUCAGUUUUCAUAAUUAUACAUGAAGUUAUCUAAGAACAGACAUUCUUGCCUCAUUUUUUAAGAAAAAUUUGAACCUGUUCAUACUUUAUUAUAAUACAUUUUAAGACAUGUAAACAGGUUAAAAUUACACAGUCAUUGGUAUCUACAUAGCUGUAGGUGGAGCUCCAAAUAGCUUCGAUGUAGUAAAUGCUUUAGACGUAGUUAUCUCCCCCCCCCACACAAAAAUGCUGAUCAGCGAAGAAAUACUGUAUUGCCUCACUGUAGCUAGUGUAAUGUAGCUAUUAAGUGUAAGGAUAAGAAAGCAAUCAUCUAAUAAAGUCUAAUAAAUCAUCUCUGUUCCUGUCUCUGUAUAUCUUAAGUCAUUUAGAAUAGUAAAACAAAAGAAAUAUUUAUAGAUCCCUACUCACAAGGAGUUUUCGCAGAAGUUUAUUUUUGCUUUGCUUCCCCCAAAAGGUUAAUUUUAUAUAAAAAAUGUUUGUACAAUCAUGAAAAAUGAAUACUGCUUUAAAUGAUUUUGAAGCGUGAAUGCAUCAAGGAGGUAGAAGAAAGACAAAAAACAUUUUCAAAGAUUUCUAAAACGGUCAACAUGAGGUUCACAGACGACCUACAGGAAGGAACAAAUACAGAAUGAGUAAGAUAGAGACGUGGUUUAUUUUGCCUACUGUGUGUGCAAGCCUAAAGGCAGUUUCUCUCUCCAUCUGUGAAAAGGUAGUCCUCCUUUUCACGAACAUGAGCACCUGGAAUUUAAUCAUUGCCUGAUUGGGAUGCAGGAACAUGACUGGUUGUUAAGGGGGGGGACGUUAUUUUUCUAUGUUUAAUUAUCAUGCUAUUUUGCAUUUGUGCAACAGUGAACUUUAUGAUCAAGAUGCAAACUGUUAAGAUAUGCAAUGAAGUGUCUCUUUGAUUAUGAUUUCGUUAUAAAAUAUAAAUGUAUUGUGGUACUUGGGUCGGUGAACCCCCAUGGCAGUUGGUAUCUACCAUUUUGUGUAAUUGGUUGGCUUUAUUUAAGCACGGUAUUUUCUGCUUUCAAGUUGGUGGAGGCAUAGCGAGACGGCUUGCUGUGAGGCUGGUACAUGUUCAGAUUAAUGGAACUUUGCUUGUUUGUUUUGUUUAUCAAAGUAUUUUGUUUGGUGUUGCCAUUUCACUUUUCAAGCAUGGAAAAUAAAUCACAGUUUUCCAACUAAUUUAUGCUGCUGGCUGAAUUUUUGCGGCCUAUACUCAAAGACCUUCAUUGCGUCCUAAACCGCUACGUCCCGAAGUGGAAGUGAGUCGGGAGGGUCAUUUUCACACCAUCACACUGGAAAUGGAGAAGUGAAACCGCUUAUGUUUUGACUAGACUUUCCGCGUGCGGAUUUCGUGCGCUCAACCUCAAGUUGUACUUAACCCAUAGCUAUAAUGUGGAAACCCUGGUCGAUAAUGUAACAAAUUCUGAGCGCAUAAUAUGAUAACAUUUUGCCUGUAAUGUUACAAUGCAUACAAUUUUGAUUCCCCUAUUACGUA